ACGAGGGAAAAAAGCAAGAGAGUGCGGGUCUUACUUACCCAAACAAAGCCACCAAACAAACAAAAACUCUCCGACGACAAAAAUCUCCGCCGGCGGUGAAAUUCAGCAGCCCAAUUCACCAAGAUGAUAGCUUACCUCGGGCGAAUCGUCCACGAAAACGACGCCGAAUCGAGACCCGACGACGACGUUUUGAGCAUUUGCAAUGCUCUCGACCUCCAAGGCAGCGUCGAAUACGGCUCUGCUGACGUGGCCGGCAAGGACUUCGGCGGCAUACAUUCCGUAAAGCCCCUGGCCUUCGUCAAGCCGUCCGGCGCCGACGACGUGUCCAGGUUGGUGAAAGCCGCCUCGAGGUCGCCUAAUCUGACCGUGGCGGCGCGAGGCAACGGCCACUCAAUCAACGGUCAGGCGAUGGCCAAUCGUGGACUGGUCCUGGACAUGCGCUCACUGGAUCACCAGGACCGUUUCCGAGUCGUCAGGAUUAACGGCUCCGAUUACGCGGAUGUCUCGGGAGGGGCAUUAUGGGAAGACGUGCUGAAGAGGUGCCUGGAAUUCGGCCUCACCCCCAGGUCCUGGACCGAUUACUUAAGCCUAACUGUCGGAGGGACGUUAUCAAACGCCGGCGUCAGCGGCCAGACCUUCCGCUACGGUCCGCAGACGUCAAAUGUAACGGAAUUGGAGGUCGUAACAGGAAAAGGCGAAACUCUCGUCUGCUCCGAAACCGAAAACUCCGACCUAUUUUUCUCCGUCCUCGGAGGCCUCGGCCAGUUCGGUAUUAUCACCAGAGCUAGGGUUCUGCUACAGCCAGCUCCGGAUAUGGUGAGAUGGAUAAGGGUGGUGUACGCCGAGUUCGAGGACUUCACUCGGGACGCCGAAUUUCUUGUGACUCAGCCAGAGGGCAAGUCGUUUGAUUACGUGGAAGGCUUCGUGUUCUCCAACAACGACAAUCCGUCAACUGGAAGACCAACGGUUCCGUUGAGUCCGGACCAGACAUUCAACCCGAGUCGGUUGCCGCCGAGAUCCGGUUCGGUUCUUUACUGUCUCGAGCUGGCUCUUCACUACCGCAACACUGACCGCCCCUCAAUUGAUACGGCCGUGAAUAGUCUUCUGCGGAGGCUGGGAUUCGUGGAGCACCUGCGGUUCCAGGUGGACGUCACCUACACGGAUUUCCUCCUACGUGUGAAGCGUGCGGAGGAAGAGGCCAAGGCCAAUGACGUUUGGGAGUCGCCACACCCUUGGCUCAACAUGUUCGUCUCAAAGUCCAAUGUUCAUGAGUUCGAUCAAGUUGUGUUCAAGAACAUGUUAAAGGAUGGCGUUGGUGGGCCCAUGUUGAUCUACCCUCUUCUCCGUAGCAAGUGGGACAACCGUACGUCUGUGGUUUUACCAGAAGGUGAAGUUUUCUACUUGGUGGGAUUGCUACGUUUCACUCCUCCACAAACAAAGGCUCCCUUAGUUGAAAAAAUUGUUCUUGAAAACAGGGAAAUAGUCCAGUAUUGCUCUUCGAAUGGCAUCGAUUUCAAGCUAUACAUGCCUCACUACCGAUCUGAGGAGGAAUGGAAGCGGCAUUUUGGAAACCAAUGGACAAGAUUCGUCCAAAGGAAGGCUAAUUUUGAUCCAAUGGCCAUCUUGUCGCCCGGUCAGAGAAUUUUCUCCAGGAUUCCUCAAUCCUAGCCCCAUCAUAGUACAAAUUCAAAAGCCUCAUGAUCAACAAUGGGGGCUAAAUUCAAUGUAAUACUGUUGUAAUUUGGCAUAUCAUGCAUCUUUGCUACUUUCCCAUCAGUGGAUCGGUUCAAAGUGUUAUCGAUCGGUUGACAGAAAGAUAUUGAAGCAAUAUGUAAAGGAAUAUUU